AUGCAAUCAACUUGUCCUGACGUAGCCGACUUCAGCAAGAUCUCUCAUUUCCCCGAGGGAGCUAAUAAGGAGUUCCAAGACAAGGACAAGGAUCAAUUGCUAGAGUUUUUCCUUCCAAAAUUUGAAGUCGAUAGACCCUUGGCUCAUCAUCUCGACGGGCUUUUCGAGGUAUUCAAUCUUAACCCCGAGACAGUCUCAGUCGAGGUUGGUCCGGGUACGGGCCUUCUGACACGAGAGUUCAGUAAGCGACCUGGCAAGAAGGUGUACGCAACGGAGCUUUCUGAGGGUUUCAUACAGCACCUCAGAGACGACGACAGGAUAGAGAAAGACAAGGUGGAAAUUAUUCAUAGCACCGAAGACGACUUAUGUCUACCUACUGAGAGCGACGGCUCGGUCGACCUGGCAGUUCUUUGUGACGUAUAUCAUCACCUCACACAUCCACGGACUAUAGUCCAGCAGCUUAAGCGAUCACUGAAGGAUACUGGAAGAUUAGUGCUGGUAGACUUCUGGCGAGACCCUAGUAAAAGCAGCAGAGAAGACAAGACUUGGGUAAUCGAGCACUUGCGGGCCGAUAAGGACGUCUUCGUUGAGGAAAUCCGAUCGGUGGGUUUCGAAGUCGCCUCCGAGCCAGAGGUCGAAGGUCUCGUCGAGAACUACGUUGUGAUUUUCAAGAAAGCAUAA